CUCACAGUCGCUUUAACCAUCCGUUCUGUCUCCCUGCCGAUCGUCUUCCUUCCUCCACGCUCCAAAUCACACAAUUCCCUUCUCUUCCUCCCUCUCCCACCACCACCAUUGUUCACAGCACCAUUACUGGCAGAGAGAAAGAGAAAGAGAGAGAGAGAGAGAGAAUGCCUCAGCCGAUGUCUACCAGGUGGUGCCCAACACCACAGCAGCUGAUGAUCUUGGAAGACAUGUACAGAGCAGGCAUACGCACUCCUAAAGCGUCGCAAAUUCAGCAGAUAACCGCUCACCUCUCCUUCUACGGCAAGAUCGAGGGCAAGAACGUGUUCUACUGGUUCCAGAACCACAAGGCCAGAGAGAGGCAGAAGCUCAGAAAGAGAAUGAUGAAGGAGCUCCAGCACCAGUAUCUCCUCGACAGAGCAAGAGACGGCGCCGCAGGCCUUCACAUGCAGCCCCACCAGUAUUUCUUUCACCACCAACAAGAAGGUAGCAGAGCAAUGAACUUCAUGUGCAAGGUGGCAACUCCUGAGGUUGAGGAGAUGAGGAAUCCUGCCGCCGCAGCCGCAGCCGGCGGAGCUGGCGGGAUCCACGAGUGGGUGAUGCUGGAGCUGAGCCCUCCCAGUUGCUGCCGGCCAUUGCAGACCUUGGAGCUCUUCCCCGUCACCAGCACCGGUCUGAAAGACGAGAAGACGGCCACCAACAGCCCCACCAGCACCACCACGGAAUGCUCUUCUUCCAAAACCGAUGAAUGAAACAUGUCCUCAUCACAACUCUCCACCUCCGCUCUAUCUCUUUACGGAUACUUCUCCUGUCCUCGUGACUAGAACCGCCUCGCCGUUUUCACUGCUCCCCACAACACCAUGAAGAUCUCUGUAUCUUUCAUGUUCUUUUCCUUUUUCUCUCUUUUUUUCUUUUCUCUCUCUGUGUGAGAAUGUGAAAACGCUGUCCUUCUCAGUAAUUCUAUAUGACAUAUAAAUAUAUAUUAAAUAUCUUUGUAUCGUCAAAA